CCCAAGGCCCGGGCCCAGGGGGCGUGGCCCACCAUCUAUCAAAUCGCGAAUCCCAAUGGACUCACACCAAGCACGACCACGACCAUACUAGGUACGGUACCUACUACAGUGCCGUGCGAGUACGUAUUGCAUAUGGCUGGGAUGACGAGACCUGGAUCACUUGCGAAACCCCCGGCCAUGCCGCGCUGGGAGUGCGAGCGAGAGCCAAGAUCUUUGGAUCAGCACCCAGACGAUUGGCUUCACACCCCUCCCGGCCUCAUGCCCCGGCCUUUCGCUUGAGUGACGCUGCGCAGGCGUUUGCCGCGUCCCCAAAUAUCGGGGCUCAACCUCAACUCCAUCUCCAUGUGCCCAGGCGUAGAUACAUAACAACCUCUCCUCCCCCGACCACACCCCACCACUUUCCGGUCGUUUGGGUUCCCUCUCUGCAUACAUAUACCAAGCCUCUUCCCUUGCUCCCUGGGUCUCACCAUCGCACAAACCAACAUCGAGUCCACUUGCAAACUGCUGCUGCCGCUGCAAGAGGGUGCUUCUGUCAGGGCACUCCACGGACUCGUCUUCCUCCUUCAUAUAAGUCUGUCGGUCUGGCUCUCGGAGCAAGACUGACUUUCAACCGACAUCCUGGCUCUCACGGCAUCACCCGCGGCGCCCCCGAACUGGGGACGCUGGCCACAACAACUCCCCCACGACUUUGCCAUGAUGGACACUCCGUCCUUCAUGGGCUACGACUCGCGGGGUCACCCCCCGCAGCAGCACAUCCAGCGACCCAUGGCUCAUCAGUAUGUCGUCGCGCCCGCUUACACUGCCGGGCCCAUGACCACUCUCGCCGCGCCGCAAUAUCCGACCCAGCAAGCCUUUGCCUACGUGCCGUAUCAAAGCCCGCCGCCGUCCACACCCAUUGGCUCCCCCUACAAGCACGAGGCGCCGAGAAUGGUGGGCCCUGAUGUCGAGGCUGCUCGGGGUCUACCCUAUCGCCGCGGCUCUCAACAGCUUCACGAGGGACGGAUGCAGUCCCCAUCAGCCCGAAGCGAGUCUCAGGCUUCGACUGCGCACUCUGUCGGCUCGAACCCCAACGCAAACUCAAAGACGAUCACCUACAACGAGACAAUCGACCCCGCGGACCGUGUCAACUUUGAGACCGAAGUGGACGAGCUCAUGAAGGUCAUCCAACAGAAUGACGAUGACGAGGAGGCCAAGAGCACGGUAGGCACUCCUGCACAGACCCCAAACGCCGAAUCAGCCUCCGGGUCGCAGAGCCCUGCCAGCUUUAGGCAGCCUUCGACGCCUGCUCAGACGGAACCCAAGCCCAAGAAGAAGUGGGUUUGCGACGGGCCGAGCUGCAACAAGCGAUUUGUCCAGAAGACUCACCUCGAUAUUCAUCGUCGGACCCACACUGGACACAAGCCCUAUGUGUGCACCAAGGACAACUGCGGCCUCACGUUCUCGCAGAGAGGCAACCUCAAGACGCACAUGCGGCGCCACACCGGGGAGAAGCCAUAUGCUUGCAGCAUCUGCGGCAAGCUUUUUGCCCAGCGCGGCAAUGUCCGGUCUCACGAGGAGACGCACAAGGGCCUCAAGCCUUUCAUCUGCAGGCUUGAUGAUUGCAACAAGACAUUUUCCCAGCUAGGCAACAUGAAGACUCAUCAGAACAACUUCCACAAAGACACACUUCAGGGCCUGACAUCCUUGUUUGUCAAGUACGCUCGCAUGGGCGAGGUGCCUGAGGAGCACCAGGAGCUGUUUGAGUACUUCAAGGUUCACUACAAGAACAGCAACAAGGGCAUUAAGGGCCGCGGCAAGGCACGAACGGUCGCACCCAAGACAAAGGCCGAGCCCUCAGUCUCCACCACCAUGGGUUUCCCGCAUCUCCCGAUGCCCAGCCAGCAUCAGACAUAUGUGCCGGGACCUGCCAACGCAAUGGCCUCGAUCCCCCGCCACGCAUCAACUGGGGGCUACCCCAUGUUCGAGCAGCAUGCCGACCACAGCGGCGCGGCUGGCAUGCUUUACGACGACGAACAAUCGCGCCAGAUGGCAUUCAGCGACCGCCUGUACUAAUAUACGGCCUAAAUAUACUUAACGACGACAUGAUUACGGAGAGCAUGACACGAAGCCACCAGCCCUCGGGCCAAGGCGCUUCGCCGGGAGGCGGCGCAUCUAUUUGACAGCAUUCACGACACAAAAGUUUUUGAUCCAUGGAGCCCUUUGAGGCCAUCCACCGGCAAGGGGAGGUUGUUGUCUAUUUUGUUUCUUGCCUUGACUUGGUUUUCCAGCACGUGCAAGCGGGGGUCGGCAGCGCUGCAAGUUCGUUCGAUAUCUUUCAUCUACUUUCUGCAAAACCUGGGUCUGGCAAACUGUCUGCGAUUGCAGUAAUCAACCAAAAAAGCGGGGAGGCAGCGCUCAUUUUUUUUCCCCUGUGGGAGGGGAGGGGGGAGGCCUUGGUGUUUUCUGAGAGCCCCUGAUCUCCCAUGCCACUCGACGACAUCCCUUAUCCAUCAUCACCGCCUGUACUCUCAACCAUAUUUAAUUGUCUUUGUACGUCAGUCUGGAGAGGAUUCUACUGUGUGCGCUUGCUUAGGGGACAAAGGAGGGAGGCGGCGGCUUGGGACAUGAGUGUUUGAGCUCCAUUGACAAGUCAAUGACAAACCACAAGUCUCGGAUAAGUAGUCCGCCGAGGGUGUAUUGUUCGGUCUUGGUACGGAAGUGCCUUGGUGGUGCGUUUGCUUUGCCUUUCCUGUCCGCUCUUCUGUGGGGCAUGCAGAUGGAAGGAAUCGAUGGAGGGAUUGAGUCUUGUCUCUGCGGCCGCCAUGCAAGGAGAAACAGUACCUGCUGGCGCGUCGGGGGUGGAAGACACGGGGGCGUGGAGGCAACGAGAAUGCUCGUUGAGCAGUAUCAUCUAGUGUAACUUGCGGGCAGUAGGCCCUGUGUUUCUGCUCCUCCGAGGUGCUACGUGUAUGUGCGCAUGCACAUGCGACGCUUCAGGGAACAAAUAAAGACACCAUCGUUGCGCUGUCC